GAAGCGCAUUUCGAAUAAGGUUCUCUUCCCUCAACGGAGAACGGAAUAUCCUCUUUCUCUGAUCUGAUAUUCUGAUGAGUGAUGACUCUUCUUUCCAUUUUGAUAUUUUUUUUUACUCCCAAAAUGUGACUGCUAUAAACGAUUUUAAUGUCUUCUCCAACAACAUCGACAACUAGUACUACUCGCACUACGACGAUUCGAUUUCUUGGAACUGAUUCGCUUUAUCUAAUCCGACUCACCUCCACGAAAUGCGCUUUUAAACCCAUGAUGCGAAUUCCAAAGAAGCCGGUUUCCUUUUGCAUCUCCCUCCUCUUUACCUCUCAGAUAUCGCCUACUUUCGCCAACCCAAUCCGUUUUCAUUCUGGAAGUUUUGCUUGUCGACUCAGUUCAGGAGCAGGAGACCAAGCUUUAGGGAGCAGAAGAACUAGUUUCGACCUCGCAGGAGCCAAUCAGUUGCAUGCUAGCUACAUAAUGGACGGUGUUGGUAUAGAUGACAAAACAUCACAAUUUCAAUCUGUUGUUUGUAGUGAUGGUGGUCGGGAUCAAUGGAUUUGGUCUUCUCCUGAAGGGGGUCGUAAAAUUGAUAUGGGGAAGCAGAUCUUCUGUAAUAGGUCCUUAAAUAUGAAGAAUAUUGUUGCAGUCGGGUUUGAUAUGGAUUACACCCUUGCUCAAUACAUGCCUGAAACAUUUGAAUCCCUUGCAUACAAUGGCACAAUUAAGAAGCUGGUGUAUGAUUUGGGAUACCCACCAGAGUUACUGAACUGGUCUUUCGAUUGGAAAUACAUGGUCAGGGGUUUGGUUCUUGAUAAGAAGAGAGGCAACAUCUUAAAGAUGGAUCGCCACAAAUAUGUAAAAGUUGCCUAUCAUGGUUUUAGUGAAAUGUCAAAGGAAGAUAAAAUAGCAACUUAUGGGAACACCUUGUUACGAGAUGCAUUUGACGAACCUGAUUAUGCUCUUAUUGAUACUCUUUUUUCGUUAGCGGAGGCCUACCUAUUUGCACAACUUGUGGACUUCAAGGAUAACAAUCCUGGAAAAGUUCCCAACGGCGCUGACUACUCUAGAAUGUACAAAGAUGUUCGAGCUGCAGUUGAUUUGUGCCACCGGGAUGGAACUUUAAAGCAAAUGGUUGCCAAAGAUCCAAAAAAGUAUAUUAAUGAGGAUCCUUCAAUUGUGCCCAUGCUUAAAAUGCUAAGAGAUUCUGGUCGUGCCACAUUCUUGGUUACAAACAGUUUAUGGGACUACACAAAUGUUGUGAUGAAUUUCCUCUGUUGCCAUCGAACUUUGGAUGGUAGUUCCCCAUGCAACUUUGAUUGGCUUGCGAACUUUGAUGUUGUCAUUACUGGCAGCUCGAAGCCAAGCUUUUUCCAUGAAGACAAUCGAGCAAACUUGUUUGAGGUUGAACCCGAGUCAGGAAUGCUAGUUAAUACAGAUAACGGCACUCCUUACCCUCAGAUUGGAAGUACUUCACCAAUGUUACCUUCUAAGGGGCUAAAGAAGGGCUGUAGAGUUUUCCAGGGAGGGAGUGUUGGUCAUCUGCAUAAACUGCUUUCAAUUGAAUCAAGUUCACAGGUUCUUUAUGUUGGAGAUCACAUUUAUGGAGAUAUUUUGCGGAGCAAAAAAGUUCUGGGGUGGAGAACAAUGCUUGUUGUUCCGGAGCUCGAGAGGGAGGUGGAAUUACUUUGGGAGUCGAGGGAUACUCGUAAGGAACUUCGAUUGCUAAGGAAAGAGCGUGAUCUUAUUGAGGACAAAAUACAUCAUCUGCAAUGGUCUCUGAAGUCGAAAGGUAUUAAUGCUGAGGAAAAGAUGAAGUUUGCUUCUAAGCUCAAAGAAUUGGAGACACAAAAGGAGAAAGUUCGUCUCCAUCAUCAACAGACUCAGCGAAAAUGUCACCAAAAGUUUCACAAAGUUUGGGGACAACUCAUGAAGACUGGAUUCCAGAACUCUCGCUUUGCACAUCAGGUGGAGAGGUUUGCCUGUCUGUACACGAGCCAAGUCACCAACCUGAGCUUGUAUUCCCCUGACAAAUACUAUCGACCCAGUGAAGACUUCAUGCCACAUGAAUUUGAUAUUCUUGGAAUUUGAUGUGUGGCGUAUUGAUACUUGAAAAGCAUAGAAUCCAGUCUUUGAGAUUGUGGAAAGAGAAUUAUUUCUAGCAUGGGUAAUGUGUACCUCUUAAAAAGGGUGGGAAUGGCUGAUCAUUUCAAGGCUCUUCAUGUACUUGGUAUACCCUUGUUGAAUUGUACCAUAUCAAUGUCAUGUCAAAAUAAUGUUUCAUAUGGUUCAUAAUUUGCGACACAUUUGGUUCACACCCUUGUUGAAUUGUAGCAUAUCAAUGUCAUGUCAAUAUAAUGUUUCGUAUGGCUCAUAAUUUGUGAGCAUUUCUUGCACUA